UGGGUGUUGCCUCGGUGUGCGAGCUUCAUUCCAGCGUUGAGCUCUCUCCGUAACCGUCACUCCGUCCUUCUGCUGCUCCUCUUCCUCCUGCUGUGCCUCUCUACGCCGAACAGACCGAGUCCCGGAGCAUCAUGGGAGUGGAAGGCUGCACCAAAUGCAUCAAAUACCUGCUCUUCUUCUUCAACUUCAUCUUCUGGCUUACUGGAGGUGUAAUCCUGGGAGUGGCCCUGUGGUUGAGACACGACCCCAAGAUCUCCACCCUGCUGGGUCUCGAAUAUGAUGGAAACCACGCCCCCAGCACCUUCUACAUCAGUGUCCACAUUCUGAUCGCGGUCGGCGCGGUGAUGAUGGUGGUCGGCUUCCUCGGCUGUUACGGCGCCAUCCAGGAGUCGCAGUGCCUGCUGGGAACUUUCUUCGCCUGCCUCGUCAUCCUGUUCGCCUGUGAGGUUGCAGCUGGAAUCUGGGGCUACAUGAACAGGGACACGGUUACACAGGAGAUGAAAAACUUCUACGACAACGCCUACGACAGCGCAAUGAAGACUACCGUCAAUUCGCAGGAAAAGAACAAUGCUGCCUCCCUUGUCCUCAAGGCCUUCCAUGAGACGCUGAGCUGCUGCGGUAAAGGCCCAGGGACUAACAUCUUUACACAGUUGACGGACAAAUUUGGAAUGACCAAUAUUUGCCCCAGUGAUGCAUCCACGAGCUGUCACCAGAGAAUCAACGAGCUGUUCCACGAUAAGAUUUACCUGAUCGGCAUCGCCGCGCUGGUGGUCGCCGUUAUUAUGAUCUUCGAGAUGAUCUUCAGCAUGGUGUUGUGCUGCGGGAUCCGCAACAGCCCCGUGUACUAAAGCGCCGGGGCUCCGGCCAAUGAACGAGGAGAGGACGACCUCGCCGUCUCCUUCGUUUGUUUGUUUUUUAUAACCAGGAAAUGCCACAUGUAUUGCUUGCUGGAUUUUAGUCAGCUCUUAAAGACAAUAUCCUGUUUUUCUUACACUGUCAAAGAUCAUUUUUUAUUGUUAUUUUUGUUAGUCACAGAUGCUGUUAUGCAUAUUAGAGCAGUGUUUUAUGUAGAUAUGCUAUCACACUGUCACACACCGUCGAGGUGCUGUAAUCUGAUCAGUUUACUGCUUUCCUGCCUACGUCCAUGCUCUCAUAUCGGGCUUUUCUGGAUGUUAUCCCACUGUUUUCUGUAUAAACUGUAUAUAAAUAUAUGUGGACAGUGCUUUAUGUCUGCCUGAGCAUGGAUGUUGUAUAUCAUGAGCUUUGUUCCCGAACACUCUGGAUGGAUCCAGACAGAAGGUGUACAUGAGCGGCGCUCGUCAGACACACACACACACACACACAGACACACACACACACGCCCCUCUCUGGUCAUACUGUGGGAUGUUGUGGGAACUGAAAUGUUUAAUCUGAAGCUGGAACCAAAGUCGGUGACCUCUGACCCCGUUUGCUUUGUUUGUUAGUCCAAACUUUCUGCGCUCUUAUCGGAGCGGUGUUAAACUCUAUGAUCAUCAUUUCAGAAUCAGAACACGCCUCAAAGUUUAAUGUUUGGCUCAUUCCUGCAGUUGUGUACUGGUCACGUGCGUUUCCCAGCAAACCGGUUGUCCUGGUAGGGAGCUGGUUGUGUUUGCUCACAAAUAAAACUAUGAAGGACUAAAAUGGCUAAAAAUGAUUAAAAGCAGAAAUUUAAAAACCCACAAAUAAUAAUUAAUGUUGCAUCUUAAAUUCAUGUCAUAUUUGGCAUAUUUGAGUCAUUUUGUGUAUUUUGCCUUUAUUUUGAAAUCCCCGUACUUACAGAGAGUUCAGCAGCCUCGUUGGUCUAAUCUGACAUGUUUAUGUGGUCAUCGUCCCUCCACCUUCGUUAGCAGCGCACUAGCAGCUCAUCUGUUGUGUUGUCGUCGUGGUAGCGAGCGUGGCUCUAUCGGCACCGUCCCAGCUGAGCCGUGCACGUGCAGAGCGGCUCCGGGAGCGUUUUUAUUUCACCGCCUUCCGUCCCAACUGUUCCCGCCUCAUCGGCCGACAGCUGACUGCGCAGCCCCGCGGCCCUCUAACCUCUACUUUAAAUCAUAGCGUCUCGUGUAACCCUCCAUAUAAUCGUAGCUUUUCUCAACCAAUUAAAACCUUGCCUUGUUAACUAAGUCGCGCUCGACAGUGCGACGUACAGCUCUGAUGUAUCGUACUAAUGAAAAUAAUGAAGGCUGUAGAAACAAUGUAUGCCUUUCUUCUCUUUGUAUUGUAAUAUCUGUGUCUGGUACGUCAUCACAGGAGUCUGGAAGAUUUUGUGACAGCGCCGAUGGGAUGAAGCGUUGAUGCUGCCUUUUGAAUAACCGCUGCAUAAAUCUCCUCUCUGCUCUGUAGACUUUGGUUUGCCCAAAUAUAAAGGGAUUAAAUGUAUUUUACAAAUAA